AUGUCGGGAGUCGAGCAGCCGCUGCUCUCGGUGGCGUCUAGCGGCGGAUCCGCGUCCUGCCAGGCGCCGCAGUCUCAGCGCACGCGCUUCCUGGAUCGCCGCGGUCGCAUCUACCGCAAAGGCGGAGACUGGCGCAAGAUCUACUGGGACGACCCGUUCCACACGGUGAUCAACACGCGCACGUCGAGGAUCAUCUGGGGCGUCUUCAUUGCGUACUUUUUCAUCAUUUUGUUCUUUGCUCUGGCGUACCUGGACGUGUCAGUGCGUCACCCGACGUGUCAUGUGGGCCUUUCGAGCAUCAUGGAGGCCUACGUGUUCUCGCUCGAGACCAUUAUGACAAUUGGAUAUGGUGCGCCAACUGACGACAUUUUCUACGGCGGAUGCACAUCCAUCGCUACGCUUUUGACUCUUGAGUCAUUUGCUGGAAUCAUCCUGGAUUCGGUCUGCAUUGGCAUCUUCUACGCUCGCUUCUCCCGUGCCAACCAACGGGCAAACACCAUCAUGUUUUCGAACUCCGCGGUGAUUCGCAAGAUCCGAGGACACUACUACUUCAUGUUCCAGACCUGCGAGCGACGCAAGCACCAGCUCGUGGAGGCUCACGUCCGUUUGUACGCCGUUCGCCACGAGGCUGAGGACGACAGCGACGAGCCCCACGACUUCCUGUUCCAGUGCCACCAAAUGCGCGUGCAACAGCCUGACGACGACUGCGGCGCGAUGCUGCUCAUGGUGUUGCCUCAGGUGGUCGUGCACCGUAUUGACCAGUGGAGCCCGUUGUUCCCUCCCGAGUGUCUGCCACGAGACGGUGGGGAUUCCAAGACUUGCGCUAGCUACCCGGAUCCGACACAGCGUCAGGUGGACAUCGACAACGGUAAUCGCGAUGGUGGUCUACCAGGUGCGCCAAAACUUUACCAAGAACCUACUAAGGCGCAGAUCAUGAAUCACUUGCGCAGAAGUGGAUUGGAAGUCGUGGUGAUUUUGGAGGGUAUCGAUAGCUCCACUUCCAACACCAUGCAGGCUCGCAAUUCGUACACUGACGAUGACAUCGUGUGGGAUGCUACCUUCGAGCGCUGCGUGAUCAAGACGUCCAGGGGUCUCUGCAUCGACUUCGACCGCUUUCACCUGCUAAAGCCAGCGCCGAUGGAUGCAAAACGGUGCGUCAUGCCAUCCCAAUUUUGAGAGCUGUGUAUCGGGGGUGUACAGCGAAGAUAGCACUUGUCACGCGGGUAGCUAUUAACCUCACGAAAAUACACAUUUUUCACCGUGU